AUCACGGUCGAACUGAGCCGGAUACAAGAGGCUGUGGCAGACAUUCUGGAAGCUAUCGGAGAGGACCCGCGAAGGGAUGGCUUGGAGCGGACUCCCAUCCGGGUUGCCAAGAUGUACGAGUCCCUGUUCUCUGGAGUGGGCGUGCGGGCCGAGGACGCCAUUGACGCGGUGUUUGAGGUCGGCGGCAACGACCCGGUUGUACUGAACAGGCUAGCGUUUUACUCCGUCUGCGAACACCACCUGAUGCCCUUCUUCGGCGAAGCCAGCAUCGGAUAUAUACCAGGAAACCGGAUCGCCGGAGUAGGGGUAAGCAAGCAUUCGUGGCCGGGCAACUGGAGAUUGACGCGCGUGCGCGCGCCCGCAGGUGCAGGAGAGAUUGACGGCUGA